CGACUUGAAUUCCUACAAUCCCAGAAUUGGAAAAAAGCCGGAUGUCAUGGUGUUGGUGAAGCAUGAACAGAAGGUCGAUGAGCUUGUAUAUGUUGAAUGCUCCCGCGUUGUCUGCACUAAUACAAAAAGAGAUGAUGAUGCGGUGAAGCUAUGGAGGGAAGCAUUGGACGGAAUAAGUUACGUUGGCAAAUCAUGCAGACCGGCUAGCAACCAAUUUGGGAUUGUAGGAAUUCAAGUCGCUGGGGAGGUUGUGCAUUUAAAUGUCCUUAUGUUGGAUGGUGCUGGAAUACCUCGGUAUUUCCACCUUGAUCAAGCAGAGAUACCACUGACAACAGAUACACCGUGGCGCGUGAAACCUCUUAUACGCCUAUUAUUAACUUUGAGGAAUACCCUGAUCGUGAAUAAGAGUUUGCUAAAGCGAGCACUUGAGCAAGCAGAUACCAAUCCACCUCGAAAUGCUCGACCAAGCCCCGCUGUUUCAUCACCAACCAGAGAAGAACAGGCAAGAACCAGAAAGAAAGAUAAAGAAAAAACUAACCUUAUCACUAAACUUGAGCAGAACAAUAAAGAAAAAAUGGAUCUUAUAGCUAAAUUGGAAUAUGACGUUUCACUAAUCAAAGGACAAGACAAGAGUAUGGUGUGCAAUCAAAUUGUUACUAAUAUUUCGCAAGAUAUAGAACCUGGAAUUUCUGAUUCAUAUCCUUAUUUCUCCCGAGCAGAAAAAGGAGCAAGGUUUAAUACAAGAGAUUUCAACAUUCAUUAA